UGUUACUCCACUUCUUACAUGCUCCUUCCUCGGGAGUGUGCUUCACAAACGAUAGACUUUCAGCUACUACUGACAUGCUGUUAUUGUUAGUCAUAUCUGAGGUCUUUAAUAUCAGUAUAUGCAAUCGGUAUGCGACGAGAGUACAUAGCCAUCUUAUGUGCUCAAUUGACGAGCUUUGCUUUGGGAAGCCAUCAAGCACGCACUCCAGCGGCGGACCAAGAUGUGCUUAGGUUCAUCGACCCCCUCAUCGGGUCAAAUAAUGGGGGCAAUGUAUUUGCAGGAGCUAGUCUUCCUUACGGUAUGGCCAAGGCAGUAGCAGAUGUUGAUGGCCAAAAUACCUCAGGCUUCUCCACGGAUGGCAGCAACGUCACCGGCUUUUCUGCUCUACAUGAUGCCGGUACAGGAGGGAACCCAUCUUUGGGCAACUUCCCUUUGUUUCCUCAAUACUGUCCUGAAGACGUGCUUGACAAUUGCAACUUCCCCAACGCCGCGCGGGCAGUUCAUUAUGUGAAUGACUCGGUUGUCGCCCGGCCGGGUCCCUUGAUCUUGGUAGACUUGACGGACCUAUGGAAGAGUCGACAAAACGCAUCCAUAAGUGUAGAUGACCAGACCGGGCGCAUCAAAGGUAAUGGCACAUUCCUUCCCAGCUUUGGCGCGGGCUCUUACGUAUCUUAUUUCUGUGCUGAUUUUAUCGGCGCAUCCAUACGCGAUAAUGGGGUCUGGGUCAAUAAUCGGGGAGGAACUGAGCCUAAAGAACUCUACGUUACUCGAGGGUUCAAUAACUUUUAUCUCGAAGCUGGAGGUUUUGUCAGGUUCGAACGACCUAGUAAUGGAUCAGUGAGUGUGCGAGUCGGCGUUAGCUAUAUCAGCACAGAUAGAGCUUGUGAGAAUGCCCAACGUGAAAUCCCGCAUCCCCUAGAGGAUUUCGAAGAUAUUCAACGUCGUGCAGAGAGUGCUUGGAGAGAAAAGCUUAGUCCGAUAUCUAUACAACAAGGUGCCUCCAGUGAAGAGUUACAAACCAGCUUCUGGAGUGGUGUCUACCGCACAAUGCUUGAUCCACAAGAUUUGACCAGUGAGAACCCACUCUGGGAAAGCAACGAGCCCUACUUCGAUUCUUUCUACUGUAUUUGGGAUUCCUUCAGGGCACAGCAUCCAUUCCUCACAAUUGUUGAUCCAGAGGCACAAUCAAGGAUGGUACGCAGCCUCCUCGACACGUACAAGCACGAAGGAUGGUUACCAGACUGCCGCAUGAGCCUCUGCAAAGGGUGGACACAGGGUGGAUCAAAUGCCGACGUCGUGCUAACCGACGCGUAUGUGAAAAAUCUCACUGGGAUCGACUGGGACCUAGCGUACAGGGCCAUGGUCAAUGACGCUGAAAACGAGCCCUUGGAAUGGUCGUAUGAGGGAAGAGGAGGCUUGCAAAGCUGGAAACGACUCAACUAUAUACCUUACCUGGACUUUGAUUACCUGGGUUUUGGCACUAAUUCCCGAAGUAUCUCACGAACCCUGGAAUACUCAUAUAACGAUUUCUGUUUAUCGACAGUUGCCAAGGGGCUCCAGAAGGAAGACUACACUAAGUACCGAUCCAGAGCUGGCAACUGGCAGAACCUAUACAAAGCGGACCAAACUUCUUUGAUCAAUGGCACUGAUACUGGUUUCGUCGGCUUCUUCCAACCCAAGCAUCUAAAUGGAACGUGGGGAUAUCAAGAUCCAAUUGCCUGCAGUGCUCUUGCUUCAUGGUGUUCCCUAACAAGCAAUCCCUCUGAGACUUUCGAGUCCAGCGUAUGGGAAUACCAAUUCUACGUUCCUCAUGACAUGGCGGCUCUGAUAGACCUUCUUGGUGGCCCAGAAACAUUCGUCUCCCGAUUAGAUUUUUUUCAUACUUCUGGCCUAGCAGAUAUGGGUAAUGAGCCCGUUUUUCUAACGGUAUACCAAUAUCACUAUGCCGGGAGACCCGCGCUCUCCGCCCGCCGAGCGCAUAGCUACAUUCCAUCUUUAUUCAACACCUCGAACAGCGUUUUGCCAGGAAAUGAUGACUCAGGUGCCAUGGGUGCAUUCACUGUGUUCUCCAUGAUGGGUCUCUUCCCAAACCCUGGGCAAGAUGUCUACCUUAUUAUUCCUCCGUUUUUCGAGGCGGUUCACGUCACACACCCAACAACAAACAAGACUGCUACGAUUCGGAACGUUAACUUUGACAAUACCUAUAAGGAUAUUUACAUACAGAGUGCAACGCUUAAUGGAAGCCCUUAUACAAAGAGUUGGAUAAGCCAUGACUUCUUCACUCAGGGGAUGACGCUAGAGUUGACUCUGGGGGACACCGAAAGUGACUGGGGCCGCCGUGAGGAGGAUUUGCCACCUAGUUUAAGCAAAUCCUUUAGUUGA